AGGUGAACUGCUCCUGUGUCCGGUGACGUCACGGGGCUGGGCAGGUCACGUGGGCCUGCUCCGAGGGAAACCUGCGGUCGAACUUUGGUGAAAUGGAACAGAAGCGGCUGGAAAAGGACGAAUAGAGGCCGAGGUGAGAAGUUCGGGGGCCAGAGUCGCAGUGAAAGAGUAGCGGCGUCGAAGGGAAGCCGCAAAAAACGGACUUGAGCCAGAAAUUUAAUGUCGAAAGGUCGGAGAAAACACGAAGCGGCUGCUGUGCUGGACGAGGGGGAGAGUUCAGCCCGUUAGAGGGGAAGCGACGAGGAGACGGUAACACAACACAACAGGAACAACACAACGAGGAGGAUAAGACAACGGGAACAACAACACAACGAGGAGGAUAAGACAACGGGAACAACAACACAACUAGGAGUGUAGGACAACGGGAAUACCACAACGAGAAUAACAACACAAGGAGGAUAACAACAGGAAUAACAACAGAACAGGAACAACACCAACACAACGGUAAGAAGAGAAGAACACUUUAACAGAGCGAAAUCAACUUCACGGUUCACGACUCAAAUACUUCAGUUUACCACCAAGAACCAGGCGAUUCUUCAACAUUCACUGUGUUCACACAAGGUUUGCAUUGUGACCUGCAGGCCAAUGUAAGUCGUGUUGAGUGACUGCGUGUGAAAGAGGGACCAUCACCAUCCUCAUGUCCUAUGGAGGAGGCUUCACCGGACGCGCUGAGCGUCUCUGCCAGGUGCCUCAAUAUGAGCAGGUGCCACAGGACACCUUACCCCGACAGGAGUCCUGUGACUUGCAACCGCUGAGCAAACAGCGUGCACCUGAUCUCGCCAAGAGCUCCGACCCGCUACCACCCCCACCCCUGCCAGAUCAGCCGCCCGUGGGUCCCGACUUCGAUCCUAGCGGCAGUGAGGUCAACAGCGAUCCUUCCAUCGACAUCAAGCCCGUCCACCGGUUCAUCCCAGACUCGUGGAAGAACUUUUUCCGAGGGAGUAACCGCAGCAGUAAGAAGCCGUGGUCCAUGUCCAGCUCCUCGCACAACAACAACAGUACCACUGAGGGCGUCCGCUGCUCUCCUCCGCACUCUCCGUCUGUUCCCGGGUCAUACCGGGCUCCAUAUGGAGACUCAGGUGGCAGCUGCAACUCCAAGAAGCAGCUCCUGGAGCCGCGGGAUGCCCACGAGUCUGUGUCGGGCCGCACCUACCGCACAGCUCUGACCUACAGCGAGCGAGUGGAGGAGUACCACCAGCGCUACGCCUACAUGAAGUCCUGGGCUGGGCUGCUGAGGAUUCUGGGCUGCGUGGAGCUCCUGCUGGGAGCAGCUGUGUUUGCCUGCGUCUGUGCCUACAUCCACAAAGACAACGAGUGGUUCAACAUGUUUGGGUAUUCAGCCCAGGCAGGAAGUUAUUACAAUGGGUACUACUACACGGGCCCAAAGACCCCGUUUGUGCUGGUGGUGGCAGGACUGGCCUGGCUGGUGACUGUGAUUCUCUUAGUCCUGGGGAUGACGAUGUACUACAGAACCAUCCUGCUGGACUCCAACUGGUGGCCUCUGACCGAGUUUGUCAUCAACCUGGUGCUGGCCAUUCUCUACAUGGCAGCAGCUGUCGUCUACGUCAAUGACACCACACGCGGAGGCCUCUGCUACUAUCCCAUGUUCAGCAAUGGCAUCAACGGGCUCUUUUGCAGAACAGAAGCGGGCCAGACUGCAGCCAUCAUCUUUCUGUUUGUCACCAUGGUUGUUUACCUGAUCGGGGCCAUGGUGUGUCUGAAGCUGUGGAGACACGAAGUGGCACGAAUGCACCGUGAGCGUUUGGUCCAGGAGAUGCAGCCCUCAGAGCACCGAGCUGCACAGUCAUUGAUGGCUCCAGCUCCCUCUCACAAACACCCAGAGCAGGUCCAGGGCUCCUCAGUCGUUCCCAUUCAGGCCUCUGCCAGAGCAGCUCCAGCCAAGGUUUUACAGGGAGCCAUCCCAGCAGGACACAUCCCCAAACCUGUUAUUCUACCUGACUACAUUGCCAAAUACCCUUCGAUCCGGUCCGAUGAGGAGCGGGACCAGUAUCGAGCCGUGUUCAACGAUCAGUACGCAGAGUACAAGGAACUCCAUGCAGAUGUGCAGGUCACCCUCAAGAAGUUUGACGAGAUGGACGGCAUGAUGCGCAGCCUGCUCCAGCACCCCAACAGCCAGAAGGAGGUUGAUCGCAUUAACAACAUCCUUCAGGAAUACCAGAGGAAGAAAAACGAUCCCACUUUCCUUGAGAAGAAAGAACGCUGCGAGUACCUUAAGAACAAGCUGUCUCACAUAAAGCAGAAGAUCCAGGAAUACGAUAAAGUCAUGCAGUGGAACGACGGAUUCGCCUAAAUAUGUUGAAACGUGUGGCUUCUCAACCACAGAGCAUCUGAACUGAUGCAGAGAGCACAGCACAUGUCUGGCAUCACUAUCAUUAUUAUGUCUUUGUAGAAUUCUGCAUUCUUUCUCUGCUGACUCAAAAGGUGUGCCAAGAUGGGUUUUACCAGAUAGCACUCAUUUAAUCAAGGAUCUGCAUCACUGAUGCUGAUUCUUGAACUGUGUGAAUAAGCACAUUUCCAAAAACCUUCUCUUUUAACAGCUUUAACAUGCAAAAGCCUGGACACUGUGACUGUAUCGAUUUAUGAGGGACACAGUGAAUGUUUUCUUUUAAUCUGUUAAAGAAACGAAGGAAAUUAUCUAUAGCAUGUUAUGCUGCCUCCUCACCAUUGUGCCUGUAUCUACAUGAAACCACCAUAUGCCCCAGCAAACCCUCACCAAGCUGGUUCCUCGCCUGUGAUGAAAGUUUGGAUUGUUUUGAAUGCACUGCUUUUUAUAUGCAACUGGAAACAGAUGCCCUGUAGAAGAAUGUUAAAUGCUGUUAUAUGUGUUUUACAAGACAAGACGAUGUUCGUUUUAACAUUUCAAAGAUUAAAGCUUUUAUACUUUGUCUCAGUGCACAAAUACUGUAUCUAUAUUUGCAUUUGCUCAUCCACACUUAAUGUAAAGAAAAGCUGUAAGUUUGCAUUUGCAAGUGUAAUUGUAAAUAUGGUGUAAAUGUUCUUUGUCUUUCAUAUUUUACAGCUGGUCUCUGGCUUUGUGUGCUCAAAAUACAGCUCUGCGUUUACCCUGA